CAUGUUCGUUCCCUUCGAAUUGGAAUCUCACUUAAGAUGGCGAAAUACCCUGUGAAGUCCACUUCGCAGUCCACUUAGGAACGCACCUAAAGUCAAAGCCCAUUUGAUAUUAGUCUCCUUUGUCGGAUACACCUUUCAUAAAUGUGACAGGAGGUGUCCACAAUAAAAUGUUAGUUGUGCUUUUUGGAAAUAAUUGAUUUUUCUAAAUAAAUAAAUAAAUAAAUAAAAACUGGCAGAAGUUAUCUAGAGUCUAGACCAAUCAGAAAACGUCUGGAACCCCGGCGCGCAAACCAUUUCAAAAUAGGCGUCACGCGAGUCAAACAACUGACGUCGGGUAAAAGCCGUUGGUUAACGGAGUCGUAUCAAUCAUAAAAACAGUUCAGAAGGAGUUCGUGUGAAUUGUUUAAAGGUAAAAUGUUUUAAAAUUACGUUUAAUUACGUUCACAUAGUGGAAGAGUAACGAACAUUUGAUCAUUUGUAGGCUAAGGAAUGAAUUAGCUUACCGUUUUUACGUCAACGUUAGCUGCUAACGUUAACUGUCUAAAAAUGUUCGACUUACAUUCUCAGCUAGCAAGUAGCUAACCGUUAAUGUUAUCUCAAAGGGGGAAAGCCAUGAACAAUAAAACUAUUCGUUAUACAUUUCUGAUGAUUUUUAAGUGCUAUUUCGUUUGACUCCACAGUAUGCAAAAACCAUUCAACUUCAAACUCUUGGUGCCCCCAAGAGCUCAUUUGAAUCAAGUGUAUGCGGUGAAGCCUCAGGAAACAGGCUUGUUUGAAGAAAACGGGGGAUUUCCAUCCAAAAUGGUGCUUCCUACGAAGGCAUCCAGACCAGAGGGUGUGAAGAAGAUUGCAGUCAUGCCAAUGGAAAAGGAGGAGACAACAUUAAGAUCCAGCCAGUUGUACUCCAGAUUGCUGGAUGAAGCUGAGAAAAUUAAAAUGUGGAAGUUCAGAGUAGAUUCUGAGAUUUCACAAAAAGACAGGAAGCUUCAGGAGAACAGAAAAACAAUUGACACACAGCGCAAAGCCAUUCAAGAGCUUCAGUUUGCAAAUGAAACUCUGAGCAUGAAAUUAGAGGAUCAACUCAAUGAGAAUGAAGACCUUAGAAAUAAAAGUAAUGCUACCAGAAAUUUGUGUAACAUACUAAAGGACACAUUUGAGAGAUCUGCUAAGAAAAUGAGUCUGUUUGAGGCUGAACGGGAAGAAACUCAUGAUCUGUUUAUACAGAACAGUGAGAAUAUUCAGAGGAUGGUGGCAGCAUUUGAGAGUCUUCGAAAGCAGGCAGAGGCUGAUCAGCAGGAAAUGUUGACAUUAAGAGAAUGCCUUGCACAGUUUGAGGAUCUUAAAGUGAAGUUCCAGAGUGAAUGUCAUGUGAAGGAGAAGGAGGUUGCCAUGCUUCAAGAAAAGCUCCAAGAAAAAGAAAACAAUCUCAAAGAUUUUUCAGUGAAACUCCAAGAGGCAAAGCAAAGCUGCAGUUUGCUAGAGGAGUCUGCAAGGAAACAUCAGAAAUUACUUCAGAAUGUUACACAGGAUCGGGAGGUGCUUGAGGAAAAACUGAGGGUGACGGAGCAACUCAAAUGGGAUAUUGAGGAAAACCAGAGAGCCUUAACUGACAAACUGGAGCAAAGCAAGGAGAACCAUGAGAAAGUUCUUCAAAAGAAAGACACUGAACUAGAGGAACUAAACAACAUCAAAGAGCAACAGUCAAACCAACUUGCAGAGAUGCAGCUGACAGUGAAUUCUUUGCAGUCCUCACUAACUUCUGAGAUACAGAGGGUAAAAGACCUUGAGACAAAGAUAACAUCAGUGGGGAAUGAACUCAGUGUCAAAAGCGCAGAAUUGGAAGUUAUCAAGGGGCAGAAAGACGACCAUAGCAAGCAAAUACAGAUACUUCGAGAUGAGCUGAAUGAGAAGUCAAACUCACUCUGCUCUAUAAAGGAGGAAUUAAAGACAAGUGAGGUUCAGAUGUUCCAGCUUAUUGCUUCACUGGAAGAAAAACAAAGUGAGGCAAAUCAUUUGAAGGAUGCAGCGGAGAGUGUAACCACAGAAAAUAAAAACAUGAUGGAGGCCCUAACAAAAGCUCGACAUGAUAAUGAAGAGUUGCAAGAAGCUGUUGUUUUAAAAGAGGUUAAAUUAAAAGAGAUGGAGGAACAAUUGUCAGGAGCUUUGGAAAGAUGUUGUAAAUCAUCUAAAGAGGUAGAAAGAUUGGAGAGGAACUUAAAGGAACAGAAGGAUUAUUACAAGGAGCUGAUGUUGAAGUUUAAUGACCUGCAGAUGCAGAAAGACGUCAUUCAACAACAGGUUGAUAGUGGUGCUUCAGAGAAGAAAGUCCUUCAGUCUCAUCUAAUGGAAAGCAAUGUAAAUGCCGAACGGGAGAAGACGGAAAAAGAAAGACUUGAGAGAGAGAAGCAACAGCUUCAGGAACAGGUGAAUAUUUUAUCUGCAAAAAUAGCUGGUCAGGGUGAGGAGAGAAAGAAUGCUCAGGAGCAGUUGAGAGAGACUGGCAAAAGUGCAAAGAGAGAACUUCUCAUAAAAGAAAAAAAAAUCAAAGCAUUGGAGUCAAAGAUAAGUAAACUUCAGGAAGAUUCAGAUAAUUUAAAGAAACAUCAGGAAGAGGAGCUUCAGAAAAUACGCUCUGACUUUGAAGACAAAUCAACAGCAGAGGCACAACUCAACCUUGAGAUGCAAAAACUGAAGCAAACCGCCAUGGAGGCAUUGAAGAAUAAAGAUGACACAGAAAUGAAAUGCCAGCAAAAGAUAUCAGACAUGGUUGCUUUAAUGGAGAAGCACAAGCAUGAGUAUGACAAAAUGGUAGUAGAAAAAGAUGCUGAGCUGAGUGACAAACGGAUGAAAGAAGCUGAAGUCAACGCAAGCAAAGCAUCACUGGAACUGGAGCUGUCCCACCUGCAAGUAGAAAAUGAUGAGCUGAGACAACAACUUGAAAAGCUCAGAGAAGAAAAGAUGGACUUGAGGACACCAGUUUCAUCUCUUGAAAAAGACACACUUUACCAGAUAGCUGAAAUCAAACCAAAGAAGGGAGGAAACAAGAUCUCUAAAACUCAAAAAGCUGGCACUACUAAGAAGACUCUGUUUGAGAAAGAAAAUGAAACUCCAUCAAGAAAUGAAUCUUACACUCCUGCUGGAGAAGUGAACAAAGUCCUUCAUACCCCAUUAUGGAGCCUGAGCAGAAAAACUCGAACGCCUCAAAUAGAGUCAUUCAGAAUCUGCACACCACCCUCACCUGAGAUGAAGGGGUCUUGGAAGAAAAACAUUCUUAAGCUGGACCCAAAGUCAGACAACUCUGAGAGCAGUGACAUACUGAGUUUCUGUCCAAGACCUGUUAAAUCCUAUGCAAAGAAACCUAUGCAGCCAAAAGACCCAAACACUGGGAGUUUGGACAUGGUCAAGAAGGUGCAGAGCUCUUUGAUGUGUAAGUCUCCUGGAACAGCGCUCAAACUGGCUGCAAUGAAGAGAAUGCGAGAUGCUGGAUGGACCACCGUUAGCAGUUCAGAUAAGAAGAAGAAAAAAGUGACAGACAAAAUCUUUGCUUGAAACUCUAUGCAUAAAAAAUGUAAUGUUUCUUUUUUAUUAUAAUUAUUAUUACAUAGUGCACGACACUCCUUAGACAACAGCGUUUGAUUGUUUACAAAUUAUACUGGUGUUUGAAUUGGCAGAAAUAUUUAUAUUAUUUAUUCUAAGCUCUCAAAACAAUUUCACGUUAUAGUAUGUUCCGUUAAUAUACAGUACUUUACGAUAUUUAUCAAAAGAUGUUCCUGGGACAGUUGUUGGUUCCAGUUACAAAUCUUUGUAUUUAUAUUUGUGUUUUUCUGUUGUUCAGUAACAGAAAAAUGAACAGUAAAUGUUGUUCAGUAAUUUCAUUAGUUCAAA